AUGCUGGAUCCAGGAGCUGCUCAGCCCAAGAAGAUGGAAACCACAGAACAGGAGGGAGCAAGGAUGCAGCACCAGUCCAAGGACCUGGAUCAAGGCCUUUCCGUCGGCGUUUUCCGAAGUCCAGGGGUCGCGGCGGCUGGACCGGAUCUUCGGUUUUCAAAGAGACUGCAGCAACAAAAAAUGAGCGGCACCCUGGGAAAGGUGCUGUACGUGCGGAACAAUACCAUUUUAAAGGAAGCCUUUUCAUUCUUAAGAUUCAGAACUUGGGGAGCGAAUCCUAUUUAUUGUGCAGGUGGCAGUCUACUGAGUACCAGUCGGCAGUACAAGACAAAACCCACUCAUGGCAUUGGAAAAUACAAGCACCUAAUUGAAGCACAAGAGCCCAAGAAGAAAAGGGGAAAAGUAGAAAUGAGACCCAUUAAUUUGGGAACAGAUUAUGAAUAUGGAGUUUUAAACAUUCACCUGACUGCAUAUGACAUGACCAUGGUAGAGAGUUAUUCUCAGUAUGUUCACAGCCUCUGCAACCAUCUGUCCGUCAAAGUAGAGGAAAGUUAUGCAAUGCCCACCAAAACCAUGGAAGUGAUGCGGCUGCAGGACCAAGGCAACAAAAUGUUACUAGACUCAGUCCUUACCACCCAUGAACGAGUAGUUCAGAUCAGCGGUUUGAGUGCUACAUUCGCAGAGAUUUUCUUGGAAAUACUCCAGAGCAAUCUUCCUGAAGGAGUCAGAUUGUCAGUGAGGGAGCACACUGAGGAAGACUUCAAGGGAAGGUUUAAAGCUCGUCCAGAACUAGAAGAACUGUUGGCCAAGUUGAACUAGCUCUCACAAACCCUUUUAUGAUGGCAUUGGUGAUACUGCCAAGCACAAAAGCUUCCUGGGUACUUAGACUUAAGCAGGAGGAGAACCUGACCCUUAGACUUUGUUUCUGUCUUUUCCUACAAGCAGGAAAUAUUUUUUUUGGUUGUUUUGUUUUGUUUUGUUU